AUAUAAUAUAAAGUGUUUGAAAUUGUAUGUUUCUCGUUUUUAUGCUGCAAUUAUGCAAAAUUCCAAUGGCAUCGAAAAAAUUUUGAUUAAAGCAGUGUAGAAUUGUUUGGCAACUUUGUAGUUUUUCUAUCGAAUUCGAUUGACCGGGUGACUUUACGAAGUGUUUUCAUGUGGUUUCGUGUUUCGGUGUUGAUUACAAAAAAAAAUCUAUAGUUCGUGUAAUAAUUACUAUUAGAAUAUAAUUGGUUCAUCUACUCUGAAGUUCUUAGAAUGGAUGUUCAAAACUUACCGUACGUAGCGGAAUACGCAAAAAGUAGCCGCGCUUCUUGCAAACUUUGCAAGGAUAAAAUCGACAAAGAAGAACUACGCCUUGGGGCAAUGGUACAAUCUGCUUUUCACGAUGGAAAACAGGCUCAGUGGUACCACGAGAAAUGUUUCUUUCAAAAGCUUCGUCCUACAACGGAAGGUGACAUUGCCCACUUCGAAGGGCUACGCUAUGAGGAUCAGCAAAGAGUUCGCGAUAAAAUAUCCAAACUCUGCGGUUCAGUUGUUCCAGCACCGGCGGGAAAAGGUAAAGGUAAAAAGCGAACAGCCGAACAAAACAUGGCACUAAAGGAUUAUGGCAUCGAAUACGCAUCCUCCGGAAGGGCAAUGUGCCGUGGAUGUGAGAUUAAAAUUUUGAAGGACGAACCUCGAAUAAAAAAAGUUGAUUAUACCACCGAGGUCGGUAUGAAGUACGGAGGACAGCCGCUGUGGCAUCAUAUCGAAUGUUUUGCUCAGGUCCGUUCUGAUUUGGGAUACUUCGAAAAAGGUGAAAUGUUACCGGGGUUUCGAUCGAUGAAAAAAGAAGACCAAGAAAAAGUCAAAAAUUUACUUCCGGCUAUUAAAGUAGAAGAAAUUCCGGUCAAGAAACUUAAAGCCGAACCCAAGGAUGAGACAGAUUCUGCUCAGGAAGCGUUUGAUGAAAAACUGUAUUCCUCACAGCAUAAGGCGUUCUUUAAGAUUCGUGAUAAAUUGAAAGAUCUUAAUGUAAAAAAGAACGAUUUGAUAAGUAUCCUGCAUCGUAAUAAGCAGUCAACUGCGGAAAGUUUCGACGCUUGUUUGGAGCGAGUCUGUGACAUUUUAACAUUUGGCGCACUGAAACCUUGUCCCAAGUGUAACGGUCAGUAUGUUUUGCAGAAAUCUGCCUAUAUAUGCGAAGGAAAUCUUACUGAAUGGGUUAAAUGUUUGAAUGCGGACCCGAAACCGCCUCGUGUUCCUACUAAAGUACCGUCCGAGUUGAAGAAAACGUUCCCAUUUUUGGAAAAGUACAAAUCCGUUGUGAGCGAUAGACUCAUCAAGUAUGUUCCACCCAGCCUGGACACCACUAUGAAAAAAGUUAAGAAGGAAGAAGACUUGGAGCCGAAAGUCAAACGGGAAAAGCCUCCCCUUUACAAUCUUCAUUUUGUGAUUCUCGGUAAGACAGUGACUCCCAAGGAUCAAUUGAAGGACAAAAUUCAAAAACUAGGUGGUAAAGUAUCAUCUAAAAUUACUAGUACCACCGCUGCCAUCAUAUCUACACCGGAAGAAGUGGAAAAAAUGGGUAGUCGCAUGCAAGAGGCUAAAGACAUGCAAAUUCAAGUGGUACCGGAAGAUUUCAUCGAAGAUUCCAAGAGCGGUGGUGCACUGUCAUAUAUUACCAGCAAAUCUAUUUGCGAUUGGGGUUCCGAUCCACACAAUCGCAUUCCACAGGACGAAGAAAAGUCCAAAUCGAAAAAGAGUAUCUACACCAAGUCAGUCCCGUCGAAGGUGACUUUGAAACUGAAGGGCGGUCUGGCCGUUGACCCCGACUCGGGCCUAGAGGACAAGGCCAGCGUGUACAAGGACGGCAAAGAGGUUUACAACUGCGUUUUGAACAAAAUCGAUAUCCAAACGGAUAAAAAUUCCUACUUUAAAAUGCAAGUCCUGAAAGCAGAUAAAGGACACCGUUUUUGGCUAUUCCGCGCGUGGGGACGUAUUGGAACGACUAUUGGUGGCAACAAAGUGGAUGACUGCGAUACUUUAAUCGAUGCCGUAAAUUUGUUCAAGUUUCACUUCCAAGACAAAACUGGUAAUCCUUGGGAAUCAUUCCGCGGUGGACAUUUUCAGAAGCGAUCGGGCCUGUACUAUCCUGUGGACAUUGAUUACGGCGAAGAAACAACCAAAAAACUUUCUCAAAAUAACAACGUUGAAUCCAAGUUGGAUCCUGCAGUGCAGGACCUGGUGCGAAUGUUGUUCGAUGUCGACACUAUGAAGAAGGUAAUGUUAGAGUUUGAGCUUGACAUGGACAAGAUGCCUUUGGGUAAACUGUCCCAAAAACAGCUCACAUCAGCAAUGCAAGUGCUGACGGAAAUUUGCGAUCUGAUCGUCAACGGAGGUAGUAACCCGCAGUUCAUUGACGCCUCUAAUCGGUUCUACACAUUGAUUCCACAUAAUUUUGGAGUAGAAACUCCGACAGUUUUGGAUACCGUGGACCAGAUCAAGGAAAAACAGACCAUGCUGGAGAGUUUGAUGGAGAUUGAAAUUGCCUACAGUUUGCUUAAUACUGAUACGGAUGACACCGUGAACCCGCUCGAUGGUCACUAUGAUCAGUUGAAAACUGAGAUGCAAACAAUCAAACGUGACUCGGAAGAGUUCAAAUUGCUCGAGAAGUACGUUAAGAAUACACAUGCAGAAACGCAUACCGCAUAUGAACUGGAAAUUUUCGACAUAUUCAAAAUCAAGCGCAAAGGCGAAGAACGUCGUUUCAAACCUUUCAGAAAGUUGCACAACCGCAAGCUUUUGUGGCACGGUUCUCGUCUCACCAAUUUUGUUGGUAUUUUAACUCAUGGUUUGAAGAUUGCUCCCCCGGAGGCCCCAGUCACUGGUUACAUGUUCGGUAAGGGUAUAUAUUUCGCUGACAUGGUAUCCAAAUCGGCCAACUAUUGUUGCACAAGUUCCGCCAACUCGACUGGUCUGAUGCUUCUGUGCGAAGUGGCUCUGGGAGACAUGGUGGAAUAUACUCAGGCUAAGUACGUUACCAAGCUGCCAUCCGGUAAGCACAGCACAAAAGGUGUCGGCCGAACCCAACCGAAUCCAAGUGAAACGCACGUGCGUCCGGAUGGUGUCGAGAUUCCGUUCGGUAAAGGAGUCACAUUGGACUCAAAUCUGAACACACAACUGCUGUACAAUGAAUACAUUGUCUACGAUGUUGCCCAGGUCAACUGUCAGUAUUUGUUCAAGAUGAACUUCAAAUACAAAUAUUAGAGUGGCAUCAGGUAAGCAUGGCUUCCAACAAAUGAUAUUUUACUCGAAUUAUCCUACUAUGUAUGAGUACCUCAAUACAACACAUGAUUCCAAAACAAAUGAUAGUUAUUGAUUCGUUUGCGGGGUUGUUGAUCCCACUCCUAGCAGGUGUUUGUUUAAUCAAUACGUUUUUUACAUUUGAUUACUUUUAUUUCGUUUGAAUAACACGUUUUUCAGCCAUAAAUAACACAUUAAA